CGUUAGCGUGCAGACCGGUGUCAACGCUGACCGUACGCGCCUCCUCGCCAGGCAUCAUCGCCUCGCGCACGACUGUUCGCUGUAAAACGGCGCCAGAUUCCUGCGCUUCAAGCAUGGAUGCGGAAGCUACCGAGGAGUCCGACUCCUGUCACAGCCCGGCCCCGCUAGAAAUCUCCCUGGACUGUUCGGACGCGGAGUCGUCCAGCUGCGAAGCUGCUGCUGCGCCAUCUCCAACGGAACCCGUCGAACCUGCUCCAUCACCGGCGGAAAACAACAACGCAUCGAAGAAAAAGACCAAGAAGAACGGUCGCAGAUUUGCCGGUUCACUCUCGAUGAAGAAGAAAAAGGAACGCGACUCUGCUUCCGGAGCGGACACUGCCGGCGGAAGUACGCGGGCUCCCCGGAAGCGGAAGUCGUAUUCCGUCACGGAAAAGCUGGCCCUGGUAGCCGAAGUGGAGGCAGGACGAAAGAAGGUUGACAUCUGCCGCGAGUACGGCAUCUCGGCCUCGACACUGGCGAGCAUCACCAAGCACAAGGAGCAGUUCAUGGCGGCGUACGAGGAGAGCCGGCUGAAGGCCAAAAGGCUGCGCAAGGCCACCCGCGAGGAUCUGGACCGUGCCCUGCUACGCUGGUAUCACCAGGCCACGGCUUCCGGGACCCCCAUCAGCGGCCCGCUUCUGCAGGCCAAGGCGGAGAAGAUCGCUGCGGAUCUCGGGUACGAAAACUGCUCAGUGCCCAACGCGUGGAUCGACCGCUUCAAGAAGCGACACGCGCUCACGUACGCCCGCGAGCGCAAGGAGAUGGGCGCCGACAUUCCGGACGUGGACACGUGGCUCAACACGUCGUGGCCUCAGAUACGCACCGGCUACUCGUCCUGGGACAUCUUCAGCGCCGUCGAGACCGGCCUGUUCUUCAGGGCACUGCCCAAGGAAGCGGCGCAGCUCAACGGAGCCAGCUGCGAGCAUGGACAACUGGCCCAGGACAGGUUCACAAUCUACCUCUGCACAAACAUGACCGGCGACGAACGGAGGCCGCUAGUGGUCGUGGGCGCGUCUCCGCUGUCUCACAGCAUCGUCCUACCGGGCCUCACGUACGCCGUGAACGAGAAGUCGUGGAUGACGCGGCGGGUAUUCGUCGAAGAGCUGCGUCGUUGGGACCACGAGCUGGAGACCCGCAAGCGAAAGGUCCUACUUCUCGUGGACCAGACCGGGUGCCACGAGCUGGGCAAGAAGGCCAACCUCAAGAACAUCGACGUCAUAUACCCGCCUCCCAACACGAGUGGCCUCCUCAUCCCCCUUGAUCAAGGGGUCGUGCACUCGCUCAAGCGAAACUACCGCAGGGCGCUCGUGGUCCACACCGUGCUUCAGGAGAUACCCACGGUCCUACAGGUCCACGAGGCCCUGCGACUUCUCGCCGUCGCUUGGAGGGACGUCAAGGACCGGACCGUCAGGUCCGCUUUCGGGGCUUGCGGUCUUCACAGCAUCCACCAUCUGAACGACAGCGCCGAAGAAGACGGCGACCGCGACGAGACGGACGACCCUCUCGAGCUGUGGUCGUCCCACUACGACCUGCCCGAAGACCUGGUCGACGGCAUCGGCGAGUUCGAAAGCAUCGACGAGUUCGUGGCCACGUCGGCGAAGCUGCAGACAGACCAGGUCGGUGACGACUCCGGCGAACAACGGCUAUCUUCGUCCAGGACCGACGGGAGCGCGCUGUCGUCCAAGAAGGCUGACAGUAUAGCUCCGUACGAAGUCCUGGACGCGGUGGACUUGCUCUUGAAGUACUGCGAGAACUCGCCGCUCGGAAUCAGCAGGGCCGACGCCGAGAAAGCGGCCGUGGGACUUAACGCUUUGCGCGCCAGUGCUCAGGUAACAGCUUUCAAAAGAACGUACUCCCUGGACUCUAAGUGAUGUGCUGGACACCGAAGCAUUUCUCGUCAGUUUGAAGAUGAUCCGUUGGAGAUCUGCCAGCCGUUCAGCUACGACCACGUAUAGGUUGAUGUGGACGCCGAAAGUGACAUUUGCUGGCAGGCUAGUUGGUUAUGCAUAGUUCAUUCGUAUAGCAGAACAAACGUAACAAUUAACCAAGAAGGACAGCACUCUGUCUGUGCCUUCUUGGUUUCUCGAUACGUUAGUGCUGGUAUAACUGUGAACAAAAGCAUGUGACUUCACAGUUUUGGGACGACUCUUUAUACAGAUGCGGUCAUGUCAGCGAAAAGCAUUCGCAGUCCAAGAUCGCCGGUGAUGUGUGGUGGCAUGGAUUUCUUUAAAAAAGUGCUGUGUGUUUUGUAAACGUGCUCGGGGAGCUCCAGUCAAUACUCACCACUUGUCCUCGUAGAACGACUUUUGAAUUGCACUGAAUGGCUUACCAUUUACCGUGCCACUUCUGAAACAGACGCCCCCGAAAGUGCACACGCCUAGCAGUGUACACAAUGAACGCUGUCGGGUCAGUCGCUGUUUGAACGUUCUAUGAAAGCAACUCGAAUUGUGACGUGAACACCGUAGAGUUCAAGCAGUAAAUUAGGCAUUACACUACCGAAUGUCUGUAGGCAAAGUCUGACGAAGCUGAUUGUGUCGGUGAAGGUGUAAACGUAGUCACGCUGUGUGCCCAGGGCUGUUGAGACAGAAAUAAAGGACCAUUUCUGUCGACUAAUUUGACGCAAGUAAC